GCCAGUCGUGUGAAGGUUCUCGAAAAGCAAUGCGAAUAUUGUGAAGCGCAACUACUUUCAGCCGAAUAUAAGCAUUUUUUCCGGCGGAAGAAUUUCAAAAAAUUAUAUUCGCAGACAUUGCUCGAAAAAUUAAAAGCUGUGAAGAAGUGUUUGCAGGACAAAUCGCCGUUGCCGGAAGGAAAAAGCACAUACAAGGGCUGUAUUUUUUGCGAUGAUGCCAUAUCACAGCUGGUAAAUUUAAAUCAUGCGUACAAUUCAGAACAACCAUUUCUACGAACGCACUUGAACGGUUUGCGGCAAAAACGAGGUGCUGGAGCGCCACGUAAAGGCCGUGGCCGGUUAAAGCAUUCGAAUGUGGCAUAUGUCGAUAUCAAGGACUGCCUAUUUCUGCUUAUUGAAUCGUCGUAUUUUUGUGGCCUGGGAAAUCGUAAACUUAGUCCUAAGCCAGUUUCAAGAAAUCGCAAAUCCUGAAC